CAAGCCGCACGUGGUACUGUAGGUCGCUCCCGCCUGCCAUUCAACCCCUGGACCAGCGGGGGCCGGGCAAUUGAACGGAGGACUUUACCGUCCUCGGUGGUCUCAUCCGCACCCGAUGGUGUGGGGCGAACAGAAGAUGGCCAGAUGGGGUGCGGGGAGUUCUUCAAUAACCAAACGAACACCGUCCGGGAGACGCCUGAGUUUGAACGACAUGCAGUCCAGCAUUGUGCAGCACGUCGAUUAAGCAACAAGAGUCCAGUCAUAAUGAGUACUGCCGUAGAACAAGCCGCGGGUCCUGCUUCUCCAGGUACCGAGGACCCUCAUACACCGGCUUCGGCUGCCGAAGCAGCUGAACCAAUUGAGCCGGCCGGUCCCGGUGACGUCUCCGACGACGAAUUCGAUCCGCAAGAAUUCGACAGAAGGUCGGUCGCCGAUUCGACGAGCGUCACGUCGAGUUUGUUCGAGCACGCCUACGAGAAUGGAAGAAGAUACCAUUCGUAUAAAAAUGCGCGGUAUCCCAUCCCCAAUGACGAUAUAGAGCAAAACCGAGAGGACAUGAAGCAUGCAAUGAUGUUGGAGUUGACCGAUGGCAAGCUCUUCUUCGCGCCAAUUGGCGACAAGCCGCAGAAGAUCAUUGACUUGGGCACUGGGACAGGAAUUUGGGCCAUUGAUGUGGCCGACCAGUUCCCCUCCGCAGAGGUGCUGGGCAUUGACUUCACGCCCAUCCAACCCUCAUGGGUACCACCGAACCUGAAGUUCAUAGUGGAUGACAUCGAGGAAGACUGGCUGAAUGGCUCUGGUUUCGACUUGGUUCACUUACGUCAGAUCUUUCCCGUCCUGAAGAACCCAGACAAGGUUCUGAGGCAAUCUUAUGAGAACCUCAAACCUGGAGGUUGGAUCGAGGUACAGGAGCUAGGCGGGAAAGCGUACUGCGAUGACGGUUCAAUCCCCGAAAAUUAUAGCGUGCAGGAGUUCCUUGACAAGGCCACUGAGGCGUUCAAGAAGUUCGGCAACAACUUCCGCAUAGGAAACGAGAUGGACAAGCACCUCGAAAAAGCGGGAUUUACGAACAUCUCCGUCCGGAAGCUGAAAGUCCCGAUUGGGCCGUGGCCAAAGGACAAACGGCUGCGUCUCAUCGGAAUGUACUUCCAGAACAUCCUUGGCGACCUCCUUGGUGCCAUCGGUGCCAGACCCUUCCAGGUACUGGGGAUGGAUCCAGUUGAGAUCCAAGUGUUCCUCGCUGGUGUGAGGAAGGACAUCAAGAACACGGAUUACCACUCGUAUUUUGAGUAUAUCUUCUGGACAGCACAGAAGCCCGAGUAAACGCCGAGGGGUGUUCUCUUCUUGUCCAUCGAACAUGGUGCGGAAUCGGAUGGAUGAAGUGGCUUUGUUUUCGGAGUCGUGUCAAAGUGUCAGAAGCUACAAACAACCUAUCACACCAUACCAUACCAUUGAAACUUAUUAGAUUCCCAACAGUUCAGUACAACUAAUGGACUUACAUCGGGCCCUCUACCCUACUUCUCCCUGGCCCCAUCCCCUUGUCUCUGAGGAAGACUGACGAAGCCGUCGGCGCAGGAACUCAGCGCGCCAACCGCAUCUCGGCUGCAUAUAGUCUAGUUAGCUCGCCCGGGAGCACGCUACGGUCUCUCUGGCGGAUACAAAGCGC